AUGGCGUCUUCGCAAGACGCUUGGUAUUUGUCAUUAUUGGGAUUAGCUGAACAUUUUCGAACAUCUAAUCCACCUCAUAUAAAACAUUGCAUACAGUGUUUGCAGGCCGUGUUUUUUUAUACGCCACCUCCGAGAGUCGAAGCUAGGACCCAUUUACAAUUAGCAAAUAUACUCUUAACUCAUACAAAAAAUAUAGAUUUAGCAAAAACACACUUAGAACAAUCGUGGAGGUUGUCCCAAAGUAUUACUGGCUUUGAUGAUGUUAAACAUGAAGCUGCAAGUUUGUUAGCUGAGUUGUUUGAACAACAAAAUCAAUCAUCGCAAUCUAAACAAAUUUUGAGAAAUGCUAUAGAAUUAUCACAUCAAAGUGUUUACUGGCAUUGCCGAUUAAUAUUUCAAUUGGCCCAAAUACAUGCAAGAGAAAAAGAAUAUGUCAUCGCUUGUGCAUUAUUGGGUGCUGGGGUGGACUUCGCACAUAUGUCUAAUGCCCACUACACAAAAGUGUUAUUUCUACUUAGUAAAGCAAUGUUAUUACUCGUUGAUAAAAAAUUACAAGACGUGAUACCGGUGCUCACUCAAGCUGGAACGCUUGUUGAUACAUGGACGCAAAGCCCUCACCAAAAAGAAUAUUUAAAAAUAUACUACUUAGUUCUGCAGGUGUGCCACUUCUUAAUGUCUGGUCAGGUUAAAAGUGUUAAACCUUACCUGAAACAAUUACAACAAUCCAUUCAAACAAUUAUUGCUCCUACUUGGCCAAGUGAUGAAGUUAUCAGUGGGAAUAAUAUGGGAGAUAUGUUUCUAUGGAUGCCAAAAGAUCAUCUUUAUGUCUUAGUAUAUUUAGUUACUGUAAUGCAUUCGAUGGAGGCUGGUUAUAUGGAUAAAGCCUUAAAAUAUACAGAGAAAGCUCUUGCCCAAAUAGAGAAGUUAAAAAUUGCUGACAAUAAACCAAUUCUCUCUAUAUUCCAAGUAAUGCUUUUAGAGCACAUUGUAAUGUGUAGAUUGGUAAUGGGCAAUAAGCAAUUGGCCUUACAGGAGAUUGCCCAGGCUGCUGAACUUUGUCGUCUUAAUCCAACAUUACAAGUAUCACAUGGGCCGCAAUUACACACACUAUUAGGGCUUUAUGCAAUGACAAUGAACUGCUUGGAAGAAGCUGAGAUGCAGUUUACUGUUGCAAUACAGACAUCACAAGAACGUGAACUGUGGACAUUUGCCAAUUUGAAUUUGGCAAUUGUGUAUCUACGUGGUAAGAGAGAUUCAAGACUGUCAAGCAUAUUAGAUAGCAUAAAUCCCGAUAAUCUUCCAUCUCAUUCACAUUCAUUGAAAGCUGCUGCAUUUUAUGUUCAAGGGUUACAAGCAUUUUUUCAAGCUAAAUAUAACGAUGCAAAACGAUAUCUUAGAGAAACAUUAAAAAUGGCAAAUGCCGAAGAUUUAAAUCGGUUGACAUCCUGUUCCCUAGUUCUUUUAGGCCAUAUAUUUUUAUCACUUAAUAAUUCAAGAGAAAGUUUAAAUAUGGUUUCUCCUGCAAUGCAGCUUGCUAGUAAGAUACCAGAUGUUUAUGUGCAAUUAUGGGCAUCAGCAAUUCAAAAAGAUCUAUACAGGAUAUGUAAUGAUCGAGCACGUGAACAAGAAGCUUAUAAUAUGCACAGAAACUUUUCUCAAAUGUUGCAAGAUCACUUUCUUUCAUCUCAAAUACCAGAACAUACAAUUCUUAUAAAUUGGACUCAAGGUAACAUUCCAGCAACUAACAUGUGCUCAACUGGUGUCUCAGGAGAUGUUAGCAAUGCAAUAAUGCCAAAUACAGUUAAUACAACAGCUACCAGCUCAGAAAUACAUCAAGUACCUUCUAGUUCCAUGUGUUUGAUGAAUAAUCAAAAUACAUAUUAAUAAUAACAAUAAUAAUAAUAGCCGAAAGAAGUGGAAUUUGCGAGGCCUUAUUAAUCAAACAAAAUCUAUUAGCAACUAACGAAGUAAACAUUCAAUAGCAACAAUCGAGAGCUUGUUGCAAUGUAAAUAAAUACGUCGUUAUUGAAUUAUUUGGAAAGAAUUAUACUAUUGUUUACCUAAAUUCUAAUUUUGAUAAUAGUUAAUUAAAGUAUUGCUGUGUCAGUCAAAUAUUUUUGGCAUCAAACAGGGAAAAAAGGUAGAUUCUUAAAUUGUUAACGUAAUAUUCUCAGUAUUUUGCUGAUACCAGCAGCUGUAUGUUGCAUAUUAAUUAAUAUUUUGUAACAGUGAAUAUUUAGAAUUUCAUACAGAUUUUUCGGCGCAGCUUAUUUAUAUAAGUGAUGAUAAUUAAAUUAAAUUAAAUGAAUUUCAACGAAUAAAAUUUACAAUUUUACAUCACAACUAAUAAACAGCAAAUAUGCAAAUGCAUAACAUGAUUUUGUAUUGUUUAAUUAUAUAGGUAUAUAUAAUAAGAGUGCAAUUUUAAUAGCGAAUUUGAGCUUCGAAUAAAUAUAUCUUUAGAAUAUUUUAUGCAUGUAUGAGGAUAUCAAUGAGUUGUUUCACAAAAUGUGAAUGGGCAUUAGCAAUUGCAUAAAAAUUACUACUUAUUGUAAAUGUAUUAGUAUUUUAUUUAUGUAAGCACAUAUAAUUUUUCGCCUCUUCUGUUUAUAUAAUAU